AUGACAAGGUGUCACGCCGGCUACUUUCGAGCCAGAGCCCGACAACAGAUCGCUGAGUACCCGACAGCCACAAUGCAGAUUGGCACUGUCACCAGUAUCGAACGGUUUAACAGCACAGCCUUUCUUGUGACAGAAUCAAGUGGUAUUCAGUAUCUCAGUCGGAAGGUCAUCCUUGGCACUGGUCUGCAAGACAUUCUACCUUCAACUCCUGGUAUCACAGAGAACUGGGCUCGUGGUAUUUAUUGGUGUCCGUGGUGUGAUGGUUACGAGCAUCGUGAUCAGCCACUGGGUCUUAUCGGUCCCAAUGAGAAGAUCCCAGAACUUGUUAACGAGGUGAGAACCUUGAAUACCGAUGUUGUCGCCUUCGUCAAUGGCACGAUGACUGCAGAUCAAGUCGGCGCCUUGGACUUCUCCUUACCAGGAUGUGAGAACUUGUUGAUGACAUAUGGAGUAACUGUUGAUAAUGGGACAAUAGACAGGAUUGAAAGAAUACGGGACGGAUCUGUCUACACCUCACAGGUUGACAAAGCGGAGUACGAUAAAUUCCUAGUGAACUUCGACAACGGAACCACGAUUGAACGUACAGCUUUUCUGACGUCGUUCCCUACUACGCAAAGAUCCACACUUGGCCAAUCUCUUGGUGUUAUCCUGGUGGAAGGCGGGCUGCUUGCCAAUAUGACUGGUGGUAUGAGAACAAACGUCGAUGGUGUGUAUACAGUAGGUGAUGCGAACUCCUACGGCAGUACAGAGAUUCCUCACGCAAGGUGGAGUGGUAAACGAAGUGCCGUCGACAUCCAGUUGCAAUUGGCAAAAGAAGAUGCAGUGUCGGCAAAAGCUCUCGCAGGGAUAGAGAGACGUGAUCUCGAAGACGAAGAGACUGCCUUGUUAGAUUCAUGUAGUUAG